AUGCAGAGUGGCUUGGCUUCUUCGGAAGACCUCAAUAAGCUAAAGAAAAAACAGGGUGACUAUCUCACGGCCCCAUUUGACCCACGCUUUCCGAACAGCAACCAAACCCGUAACUGCUACCAGAACUAUUUGGAUUAUUACCGCUGCAUGAAAAUCAUGAAAGCCAAAGGCAAGGAUGUCGAGGCAUGUAAAUGGUACUUCAGGGUCUUCACAUCCCUGUGUCCCAUUUCUUGGAUAAAGCGCUGGGAUGAGCAGCGGGAAGCAGGAACCUUUCCUGGCAAGAUAUGA